CAUCCAUUAGGCCGGCCUUCUCUUCUUCCAUCGUCUCCAGCCGAUCCAUUCAUCCAUCCACACCUCGCCAGCAGCCAUGGGACGCCGCAGCUCAGGUGGAGGUUUCCGCAGCGCACCACGGGCCAAAACCCCUGCUCCCAAGCCAGCAACAAAGACAUCUGCUCCGGUGCCGGCGGCCCAGGGAGGCGGCGCUCCGACCUCCAUCAUCGGAACUGUCGGAUCUGCCAUCGCUGACGGGAUUGGUUGGGGCGUCGGGACUAGCAUGGCGCACAGGGCGCUAGACUCUGUGUUGGGUCCGCGCACCAUCAGGGUCGUCGAAGGAUACGAAUCUCCGGCUGCUACCGAUGCUGCAUCUCCUGCUCCUUUGGAUGCGUGCAACAUCCACAACAAGGCCUUCGGUGAUUGCAUCAACCAGAAUGGGAGCGACAUCAGCAGGUGCCAGUUCUACCUCGACAUGCUCAACCAGUGCCGCCGCGAAGGAGGUGCAGGAGCAUCCACCAUCGUUUAGAAUCGUUUUUCGUUUAGUUGCAUGUAGUUUCAGUCCACAUCUGUCAAUAAUGAUGAUGAUGAUAGUUAAUUAUUGUGACAAGGAGGAGGACCAGCUGCCACCAUUGCUUAGGCUUGUAUUUCUUUUGUUGCAUGCAGUUUUUGAUUCUAUGUUUGUAGAUGAUCAUCAUCAAUAGGUUAUGUCGUGUAGUCCUGUGUCUUAAUUUCGUCAUCUCGUCGGCAUC